UGGCUGCAUCCAUGAAGGGUUCUUCCUUGGAGUAUUUGCCACCAGCGAUAUCAUAUUCUGCUCCAUUUCCCGCUCACGAUGGUGGGAGGCAGCAUCCAAUUCCUACUCGACCGGGUGAAUAUGUCGUGGUACAGUUAGUGCUUUAGUCACUCACAUAUCCCACAGCAUUCGGACCCGGGCAUAAUGCCUCACCUGUGUUUUCGCAAACGGGAUGUGAAUUCACCAAAAGUCAGAUGGUAUAAAUAUUCGAGUGGUCGUCUAAGCAUAUUCAGCUCAACAUGCUUUCUUUGCUCGCAUCGUUUGCUAUCCUUUCGCUGUUGCGACCUCAUCCUGCGGCUGCUGUUGUCGUUGAGCCAAGGGCAGGCAAGCCUGCCAAUAGUCGCUUGAAGGAGUUCACUAUUGACCUCGUUAACAACGCUUUGGCGCCUGAUGGCCAUCUCAGAAGCACGAUCGUCGCCAAUGGAACAUAUCCUGGACCCCCGAUGUUGGUUAACAAGAACGAUCUUUUGUCCAUCACACUCAACAAUGACUUGGUUGAUACUUCCAUGCGAGUGUCCACUUCUCUGGACUUGGAUGGAAUCUUCUACACCACAGAGAACUUGUGGAAUGAAGGCAGUCCUUUUGUCACUACUUGCCCUCUUGCACCCGGUAACAGUUUCACGUACACUGUUGACCUCAGUGAAUUCGGUCAGACGGGGACAUACUGGUAUCACAGUCAACUAAGUCUUCAGUAUAUCGAUGGAUUCCGGGGCCCAUUGAUCAUUUAUGAUCCGCAUGACCCCUUGGCCCAUUUAUAUGAUGUUGACGAUGAGUCAACGAUCAUCCAACUCGGCGACUGGUGGCACAACAGCACCUUGCCUAUGUUCGAGCAAUUCGCCGCCACCGGUAUUAUUCCAGUAUCUGAUUCUGGCACUGUAAAUGGUGUUGGACGAUACAACGGAGGUCCAGAGGUUGAUUGGUCUGUUAUUAACGUCAAGUUUGGCAAGCGAUAUCGAUUCCGUAUCAUCAAUGAGUCGGCACGGAAUGUCUUUACAUUCUCGAUCGAUAACCACACCAUGACGGUCAUUGAAGCUGAUGGCCAGGAACUGCAGCCCUCGGUUGUUGACAGCAUCGAAAUGUUGGCAGGGCAGCGGUAUUCUGUGGUGGUCAAAGCUGACCAACGAAUUGGCAAUUACUGGGUCAAUGCGCCCUAUGUCGGUGGAAGUCCCGCCAGAAACUUGAAUCAGAACGCUACCUUAUCCCGGGCUAUUUUGCGGUACCAGGGAGCUCAGAAAGUUGAUCCUACAACCCCCAUGACUUUGGGUCCUGUCGAUGGCACUCCAAUGAUCGAGGGCAAUCUCCGUCCCCUCAAUCCAGAACCUGUACCUCCAGCGGACGUCAACAUGACCCUCGAGUUCGUCGUCGUCGCCGGAAAAGCCAUCUGGAACGUUAACGGAGUUUCGUAUCUUCCACCGGCGGUACCCACCCUCAUGAAAGUUCUCGAUGGCGCCGUGGCUGAGGCCGACUUCAACGAGACGGAGAACACAUUCGUUCUUCCCGCCAACUCUACCAUCCAGAUUGAGUUCCCAGCAAACGAUGAUGAUGAUGCACACCCUAUUCAUAUGCACGGUAUGAACUUCUGGGUUAUCAAGUCUAACACCACCGAGGAGAUCAAUACUGUGGACCCUAUCAAGCGCGACACCGUAGCCGCUGGUGCUGCUGGUAGCAUCAUCCGUUUCAGGACUGAUAGGCCUGGACCGUGGUUCUUCCAUUGCCAUAUCUUCUGGCACAUGCAAGCCGGGCUCGCCACUGUCAUGUUGGCCGAUCCCGCUGCUGCCGCGGAGAAGAUCCAUCCAGAUGCUGCUUGGAAUACCUUGUGCCCCACUUAUGACGCUCUUCCGCCUGAACAGCAGUGAUUAUCAAGUCUAAGCAUUGAAGCUGUAGGUUCAUCAAGUUCAUUACUAGUUUAUAUAUGUGAAUUGUUUCUUUGCGUUCUACAAUAUGGCUGCCAAAGACUUAAGGCGAGAGAUGUUGUCGGUCUUACUGCUGGCGUGACUCGUCGUGCCGACUUCUAAGUCUUCUGCUUAUUUCCUUCCGGGCUCAUUAAGGAUGGA